CUGCGCCUCUAUAAACAUCUCAUAAGAUACGGCAACCAAUUGUACCUGACUGACAAAUCAUACUUCCUCGGAAGAGUUCGUAGGGAAUUUCGUCUGAACAGAGAACUAACAAACCCAUCUGACAUCGUUUUCAGUUUCAAGAGAGGUGAAACCUUACUCAAGAAUGGCCGCAUUGUAUAAGACUCCAAUCAUCCACACAUUUCUUCGCAACAUCUUAGUAAAUAGUCAACGUUUUAAGGCAACCCUAGACUUUUCAAAGUACCCCAAACUGGUCGAAUCAGAAUUAGAGGAAACCUUUGUUCGGGGCAGUGGACCUGGUGGACAAGCAGUCAACAAGACAUCAAACUGCGUCAUGCUUAGGCAUAUCCCAACCAACAUCGUUGUCAAGUGUCACAUUCAUCGAGUUGCUUCCCGAAAUAGACAAGAGGCUCGCAAGAUUCUCUUGAACAAAUUGGAUCUUCUCUACAAUGGAGAGAACUCAAUUGAAAUGCAACAAAAAGCCAUCGAUAGUCGCAAGUCCACCGAAAAGAAUCGUCGACAAAAGAAACUGGCCGAAAUGAAGGAAAAGUGGAAAGAACGGGAGAACUUAGAUGAAAAAUAAAACCCGAAAACUUAAACCUCUAAAUUAAAAAUAAAUUUAUUUUAAAACUUAA